CCACGACACAGAAAAAGUUAUAAAAUAAAAAGACUUGCACACCUCUUUCAUCAUGUGCCAAGCUUCCAAGGCCACGAUAUACGAGCAAUUUAUGUUCUGGCCUUGAUCUCCAGUAAUUUCAGCCUGCUAAGUGAAUCGGGCCCGAAGUAUCAUAUUACCUGAGCCAGACCCAUCUGACUUUAACCAUACUCCCACGUCCUUCGUUGACAUGGCAAAGGGAAUCGCUCACCUCACGAUGGCAAAAGCAAUGAAGAAAAAUUGCGGUGGUCGAUCCAACUUUAACAGCAAUGAUAACAAUCUGAAGAACGACCUAUAUCCCGAGGAUGACUUCUCCAUGCAUGGCGCCUAUGACAGCACCGAUAGUCUACCAUCCUAUCGUGGACGAGGCGGCUAUCCUACUGGCAAUACGAGCAACAAGCAAAAGAGCAGACAGAGCAGGAAUGGCAGGAAAUCAAAUAAUCGCCACCUCUCAUUCGUCGACAACCCCUUUGAGAAAUUCGACUUGGGCCAGUCGAUGUAUGGAGACCAGCAAGACUCUACACUCCCCAGACAGCAAGCAGAUGAUAGCCGAUUUGACGGUAACCAGGCCAAUAGAUACAGCAAUCAUCACAAUCAUCACAACGGGCGGGGAGGGUCAUCCCGAGGCCGAGGAGGCUUGAUCAGAACGUCGCCACGAAGCAACGACAGCCACAGUCAUUCUCAAUUGCAGAGCCAGAAAUCUCCACGCAGCAACAAAGGCACACAGAGAGGUUUCUUACCACCUUCAUCCCCAUCCCCAUCUCCAUCUCGAAAGGCACGCCCACGAUCCGCAUUUCCCUCGAGCGCAGCCCGCACGCGCUUCUGCACGGAGUGCGGCGCAGUGCGACGCGCGAACCUCACGCUGCGCGACUGGUUCUCAUCGGGCAUCGGCUCCGCCUCAGACGUCCUGGACAGCUGGAGCGACGAGGUGGGCUUGGGCCGGGGGUCCGCGGACGAGAUGGACUGGCAGCCGGAGCCGGUGGUGCGCGUAAUGAGCUUGCCGACUACUCCUCCGCCUAGUACUAGCGGUGCCAGCGCUGGCGGAUGGCAGCAAGAGUCGUGCAACCACAGCAACGAGACACCGAAAGACGGAGGGAAGGUGGAAGGCGUGCCAGCGAGCUGCACUAAGGGGUUGCCGUGCGGUCUCAGGCCAGCGUCCAUCGGCCCGGAGUUCUCUGAUAUUGAUGGUGGAUGGGGGAGUGGUGAUAGUGGCGGUAGUGACCGAGGAGGAAGAGGAGCAGAGAUACCCCCGUCUGCGAACCCAUCGCCAUCUAAAGAAGACCAGGCCUGCGUCAACCAGCCAACGAAAAAUGGCGCAACCCCAUGGGCGAAUGCUGCUGCUUUCGGACCACAGAACGGGCAGAUGACUCCGCCUGAUACACCGCAAUCUUUGAUAGCAUGAAGACUCGCAGCUUUUCAGAUGUUCGGUACAUCAGAUCUGAGAAUGUCGAACACAGGCUGACCUGAAGAUCUCGGCAAAAACCCGGAAAGAUGGAUGUAUCAAGACGAUAGGAAUAGUGGUGAUGGAUGAGUGCCGGAUUCCACAAACUUGGAGAGGUGAAGCUUAUUGUACCGCAAAAGUCUCAGUAUUUAGUAGUUGUAUUCAACGUACAUAUACUGAGUUCCUGUCCGUUACGAAGCUGCGAAUUAAAACUUGACAUAAAAUAACGGACCCUACGCAGCCUCUUUUGAAGUUUCUUUUUAUGGCAAGCUAAUAUAGCGAAAGAAUUACAACACGACGUAUGAUACAGCCGUAAAGAGCUCAAAAUAGGAUAAUGCGACCUGUUGAAAACAUCAUUGU